AUGCAGCUUGCACGACAAUGGGCUCGUUUGAAAAUGUGUCCCGCGGCUCUUGCGUUCCGCAGGAGCUUCUAUGGCACCUUCGCGACUCCAAUGCCUGCGACGCUACAGGGGAAAUAUUGCCAUUCUAAUCGGUGUGAAGUCAACGUUUUCUCCAUCGAUCGGCAGAUCUGUUCUGCAGUGCAUCUGAUCGCCUUCAGGUCCAUGUCCACCUCCGGUGGCACGGACAAGGACAAGGACAAGGACAAGGACGAUCUGAAAUGGAGGACCGUGUUUGGCAAACUCGAAGAGUAUAAGACAAGGCAUGGUGACACUCUAGUGCCUCAAAAUUAUCCAGAAAGCAAGGAACUUGGUGUGUGGGUGAAUACCCAAAGGAUGAAGAUGAAGAAUGCCUUGUUGCGCUCUGAUCGCAAAGCAAAGCUCGAUGAGCUUGGUUUUGUAUGGGACCCGCUAGAACACACAUGGGAGGCCCAAUAUGAUGCACUUGUGAAGUACAAGGAAAAUCAUGGCAACUCACUUGUGCCACGAGAAUAUCCAGAAAACAAAGAACUUGGUACUUGGGUGGAUACACAGAGGCAGAAACAGAAGAAUGACACUUUGCGAUCUGACCGCAAAGCAAAGCUUGAUGAGCUUGGUUUUGUGUGGGACGUACAAGAAAACUUUUGGGAUGCCCAGUAUGAUGCAAUUGUCGAGUACAAGGAAGCACAUGGUGACACAAUUGUCCCAACCGAUUAUCCAGAAAACAGAAAACUUGGUUCUUGGGUGGAUACACAGAGGCAGAAACAAAAGAAUGGUGUCUUACGACCUGACCGCAAAGAAAGGCUUGAUGGGAUUGGUUUUGUAUGGGACGCACUAGAACACACCUGGGAGGCCCAAUAUGAUGCACUUGUCAAGUACAAGGAAGAGCAUGGUGACACACUUGUGCCUCGAGAUAAUCCAGAAAACAAGGAACUUGGUUUUUGGGUGGAUAACCAAAGGAGGAAUAUGAAAAAUGGCACCUUGCGGGCACGACCUGACCGCAAAGCAAAGCUUGAGGAUCUUGGUUUUAUCUGGGACCCUUAUGAACACUUUUGGGAAGCUCAAUAUGAUGCACUUGUCAAGUGCAAGGAAAAGCAUGGUGACACUCGUGUGCCUCGAGAUGAUCCAGAAAACAAGGAACUUGGUUUUUGGGUGAAUGAGCAAAGGCGACAGAAGAAAAAUGGCUCCUUAUUAUCUCACCGCAAAGCAAAGCUUGAUGAGCUUGGUUUUGUAUGGGACUUCGAUGACAUCCACGAAGAAGCUUGGCUUGAGAAGUAUGAGCAGCUCAAGUGGUGCUAUGCCAACCCUGGUGUCGUUUUUGAUUCUGCUCUUCGAGCAUGGACAAUACUUCAAUGCAGACUGCAUGCAAAGGGUUCACUUGCACCUCAUAGGAAAGCACUGCUGGAUGAAAUUGGUUUUGAAUGGUAGAAUGUGAACAACCAUGGAAAUGAAGUUGUGGUUGCGGUACGUUACGGCUGCACUAGCAUGACAUGCUUCGGGAUUCCUGCCGGUUCCCAUUCGACGUCCGCCUUAGCCAGCGAUGGAAUCCAAAUCAAGUUUGUCUAAAUUUUAUUGAAAAAGUAUUAGUAUGGUUAUAUGUAUCAAAAAAGAGUAUGAAAGGGAGGAUAGCUAUACAGUGCAAAAAGGUAGUAGGUAGAGCAUACAAACAGCAGACCGUCGAGAGUUCUCCGCUUGCUCAUUUACACCGUCGACGACUGUCGUCUCCGUUGCAGAUAUCGUUUGGUCUUGCGUCCCGCCGACUGCGCCACGUCUUCCAGUGCUUGCAUGGGCAGAAGGAACCGUGUGAGUUCUCGCUUCAUCUUGUCGCUGUUGGCUCUCUUUUGUGCCUUUUUCAGGUCGUCCUCGGAGUGUCCAAAGGCAUUCUGCAGGAUCGCCAUGCGAUGGUAGUAACUCAAUCCCAUUUGCUUCAACUGUCUUCGUUCCCCUCGGUUUUCUUCGUAGUCGUCGACACUGACCGGACACAACUCUUCAAACUUCCAGUCGAGACAAAUGGGUGGCCCGUAACUGACGGACGGGUUAUCUCCAAUGGUCUGAUCGUACGAUCGAACGCAUACGUGGAGAAAGCUCACACUGCUACCAGACCCGCGCUUGGGAGCUUGCUCUUGGUCUUCAUUGCUUAGGUAAGUGGGCAACGUCUGCGCCCGUUGGAGCUUGGCCAUGUCGGGCUUCGGCAGUUGCUUCCAGGAUCCUCGCUUCUCUUUGACCGGGAUAACUUCUUGUAGACUGGCCAAUUUGAUGGAGGAGCGCAUCUUGCGGAACUUGGUGGGAGUGAUAACUGGUUCUUCCUCUUCCUCUUCCAACAACAGUGCGAGUCCGUCGUCUUGUUCUUCACUGUGACUUCCAAAGCUCGUGACACUGUCGGAAGCACUGUCUUCGGGGGCGGUCGUUUCCGUCCGGCACGUUAGAUUAUCGACGUCCACUACCGACGCAAACUUGCCUCCGCCGGCGAUGUAGUCGUCUACAUCAAUCCCGCUGGAGUCACUUUCAUCGUCACUACUCGACAUUUCGAGCUUGGAAAUGACACCGGCCCAAUCAUCGGUAUCGGUAUCAGCGGUGGAUGUUACCACCAAGGGCUUGCUAUUCGAAGGGGUAGUGGCGGCGAUCAUUGCUGGAUGGAUAAGUGUUGGUAAAAUAAUGAGGGUAGCUUUUGUGGGUAGCUUUUGUGUGAUGUCGUACUCUCUGCCUCGUGUUUGUGUGGGAAGGAGAGGAUGAGAAGAUCACAGAGAGGAUACCGUGGGGAUGUGCUUCUACUGUGCUCAACCUGGCUAGACUAACAUGCAAAAUGUGGAGUCAAUGUGCCGGAUAAAACCUCUAUCUUCGAGAAGUCGCAGUCGACAAAGGUGAGAAGGAAACGACGCCAAAGACCAAGGAGCUGUGCUAAAGUGCCAAGUUAGUGCCAACAAUCGGAAUAACAAUCGGAAGAUGGAAGAUGUUACCCAUUGUGGGCCUCUGCUGCUGCUGGGCUGAGAAGAGGCCGAUCUUGUUCCCAAAUUCGAACGACGUGGUGGUGUUCGUUUUGGUGGCGAGCAAAACCAAAAAUUGAGAACAAUCGUCAUCUCAGAUCUUUUUGGAUGCGAUCUCUAAAAUCCAAAAUCCAGCUAAAUCCUCACAAAAACUAGCAACCACCAUGUACUAGCUAGUACCCAGAAAUCUUUGGUGGCUAUUCCAGCAACGGAAAUUGCAUCAGAAACUCCGAGGUAUGAUAGCUAUAUCCAAAGCAAAGCACACCACUGGGGCUCUCAAAAGCUGAAAUCAUGGCUGAUAUUAUUAUCUUGCUAGAUCCGACUGCUUGUCAUGCCGGAAACAUCCGACUACGAGUGCAUGCUUGGCUGCAAAUGACCGCCAAGAGGUACACUCUACACUGUACAAGGAACUUUGUUCUCAUUUUCCCUUGGCGCUUGGCAAGUCCAACACAGGAUUGUCUGAUUCCCAAUAGUCUAGAUCAAUUGAUCCAGCGGCAGUUUCAGUCUGAUGAGACGAGAGACGAAAAUAACUAUCAAAGGAUAGUUGGCCUGCCUGGCUGCGGUGGGUUCUUUGCUGGUUCUUGAACCCAGCAUGUACCUAAAGCAGGCAGCUAGCAAGCUGUUGGCUGGGUAUCUUCUUGCGUUCUUACUUGGAAACUGCAACAACAAGCGUGUGUUCAGCAUAGAUCUGUCAAGGCAGUAUUCUGAAUCGAAUCCUCAGGGUUGGAAAGAGAAGUGGCAAACUAUUACAAUGUCAUGGAGUCGUUAGCUAGCUACCAGAUACUUUGUACCUGGUGGUGUAGUAAAAGAUACUGUGGCUCGCUGCGGUGCGUUUUAGAUACUGAUUCUUGGGGUAUCUUUUGAUGACCAGACAAUUGAUGCCGAACUCGUAUCUGACAUAAAAGCCUGGUUGAAGUACAAAUGCCGAUGUACUUUCGGCAGAAGUUUGAAAGGUUCAUAAAAAUUUCGGAGGAAGUAAAGUGCCUCUUUCGAAACAUCGGUACUAUGACGGCUCGUUGUGACACAAACGUCAACGUCGCCUUCUCUACAAAGGUUGAGACAUUGUACCAGCUACCAUCUAAUUACUCCACGAAAGCCACUAAAUCAUGGAGGCACCAGAGCUCCAAAAAGCUGGUUUUGGCGAGGCAGUUUGCCAAGAAGCAAAUGGAUGCGUGGCUUCCUGUGACGCGUGAGCUCGCGUCGUACCAGGUACAUGUACACCACCUGGUACAGCUAUGCCAAAAGGGCAAAAGGGCGUACCGUACGUUAGAGAGCUAUAGCCGCGCUAUGCAACGUUCGUGCUCCAAACCAUGGACCGGCCAAUUUGACAGGUGGAGUAAUAAUAGAGUGAUAGAAUCAACAAUGAGUUUGACUUUGAUUAUUUUAAAAUCUAGUAGUAUGUAGUUAUCCUAGUGGC